AAUGUGUCGGCCAUAAAGAAACUUGCAGCACGGGAUUAUGAAGAUAUGUUACAGUGUGCCAUUCCUUGUUUUGAGGGCCUACUUGAGGAGCCGCACAACCGGAUUGUGAUGGAUUUACUAUUUGAGCUUGUGACAUGGCAUGCGCUGGCUAAACUUCACCUCCAUACAGACACUACACUGAGAAUAUUUGAGCAGGUCACCACGUCACUGGGGGCCCUCAUACGCAAAUUUGUCCUCAUCACAUGCGUGCACUUCGACACCAAGGAACUGCCCUCUGAAGAGGCUGCACGU